UCUACAGUCAGAAAGAAAGAAAGAAAGAACUUCUAUUUCAGUUGACUUUUAGAUUUUGUUUUAAUUGACAAUAGAAGAGGAGACUAAGAGGAAGAACAACAUCUUCAAUUAAAACAACUACAUUUAUUACACAAGGAACAAAAAAAUGAAAGUGUUUCUUUAAUGAAUUAUCGUUUUUUUUUCUUCUGGCAAAAAAGAGCAAACAGAUAUUUCUGAACCGUUAUUCUGAGGCAAACUGACUUUCCGAAAACAAAAUAAAACAGCAGAAGCAAAAAAAAAACCUUCAAUCUUACAAAUAAAAAAUGGGGAAUUUCUGAAAGAAACAGGAAAGACGUUUAGACGUAUAUUUCUGACUUCUCUUUUAUUCAUAAAUGAUUGAUGUUUUCAGAUUUUAUUUCAAAAAUCCUACAAAAAAAAAGACACGAAACUCCUUCAGUCAGUGAAUCCAUGCAUUUCUUUAUUGAAGGAAUUGGUUUUGAAUUGUUGCUUUUUGGUUUUGUGGCUGUGUGUGUUUUCUAAAGCUCAUACACACUGACCAUUCCUGUGAAGUUGUUGAACACACCCCAGAAGAGACACAGACUACAAGCAAAAAAAAGGAACUAACACUAUGGGAAAUAUUUAAAAUAUUUACAAAGAAUUUCAUUAUUUUUUUUUAAAACAACGCUGAAAAAGAAAUCGAAGACUAAAACACUGGAUCUAAUCAGAAGAAAAUAACAAAAAUCAUUCAAUCAAACAAUCAAACAACCAAGAUACACGUCAGCCUGACUCAAUAUCUCUGUCAUAAAACACUAUUACUGGGAAAUCCCUCGACUCAACCCAACAAUAAAACCCCAGGGAUAAGAAGCACUGUGCAAUCCCCUCAGGGUCAGCCUCCCUCCCUGCCCCUGUGUCUCGGAGGGCCAGUGUGUGAUUCUCCACCCUGCAGCUCAGAGGGUCAGUGUGUGAUUCUCCACCCUGCAGCUCAGAGCCGGCACCAUUACGUCCAAAAGCGACGACGAUUUCCUGGCCCUGGCUGCCUCGCGCUUGACCCGACGGAAAAGGGUGAUUGGUGCGGCCAUCGGAGUGGCCAUGAUCCUGGUCCUUCUGAUCGCCAUUCCUCUCCUGGUGCACAGCUCCAAGACGGGCUCGGGAAGUCACUACGAGAUGCUGGGGAGCUGCCGUAUGGUCUGUGACCCCUACACUACGCUGAGCUCGGCUGAGGCCAGCCAGGAACUCGCCGCAGUCUCCCCUCCGCCAUUCCUGGAAGGCGGGAAGGAGCACCCACGCAGGGGCAAGUCGGGGUUCAGGGGCCCCCCAGGUCCUCCGGGCCCCCCAGGCCCUCGGGGCCCCCCCGGAGAGCCGGGAAAGCCUGGUCCGCCAGGGCCUCCUGGCCCGGGCCCUGGAGGAUACAUCGCUCCCUUCUACAGCCCCAAGAUAGCCUUCUACGCUGGGCUGAGGAAACCCCAUGAAGGCAACGAAGUGCUCAAGUUCGAUGAUGUGGUGACCAACGUGGGGAACUACUAUGAGCCCUCCACUGGCAAGUUUACCUGCCCCCUGCCCGGAAUCUAUUACUUCACCUACCAUGUGUUGAUGAGAGGGGGAGACGGGACCAGCAUGUGGGCUGAUCUGAAGAAGAACGGACAGGUCAGGGCCAGUGCUAUCGCGCAGGAUGCUGAUCAGAACUAUGACUACGCCUCCAACAGCGUCAUCCUGCACCUGGAUGUGGGGGACGAGGUUUGUGUGCAGCUGGACGGGGGCAAAGUGCACGGGGGCAACACCAACAAGUACAGCACCUUCUCUGGCUUCCUGAUCUACCCAGAUUGAGUGCCCCGCCCUGCUUCACACUCCAGACAUUACAACACCAUCCAGAAAAGCAGGCAGGGAAGCAGCAGUGUGCAGCAGCACCAGGCAAGCAAACUAGACUGGACUUGAAUCAACUUCACUGGAAUGAACUGGGUUGGAUUGGACUGGGGGUGGGGGGGCAUGAUACAUUUAAUACCUUGAUAAAUUGUCCCUUUUUAAAGUAUUAAAUUAUAAAAAAUUAUUUUCUCUGUACUCUAUUGAACAAACUGGCUAUUUUAACCCCCAGUAUAUAAUUGAAUUCUCUGUACUUGACUGUAUUGAAUUAGCUGCUCUCAGAUCCCCAGUACAGCACUGAGUUCUCUACACUAGACUGUAU